GCAGGGAAAUGGCAGAGCCGCGCAGCGCCGUGGCUGAGGACAGCUGCUGGAAACGAUACGUUGAAAGUGAGCUUGAAACUGCAAGAAGAUGGUCUCACAAAUGGGGAUUUUUGAAAACAGCUCUUGAGGAGUUGAUCGAAGAUGAAAAGAAAGAAAAAACAAAGCCCAAGAUACAGCUUCCAGAGCACCUGCGGAUUCGACCUGUGACACCUGUGGAAAAAUAUAUUAAGGUUAGAAAUUAG